UUAAAUCAGCUGAUGUGAUGUUUGGAGACAAUAAAAAGGAGAGGCUGAGACUUUUCUAAGCAAAGGAGUUUUACUGCAGUUUGAGCAAGUCAGGAGUGGUUGUGGUACGCUUUAAAAUGGCUCUGAUAAUGACCAGGAGUAUGCGGCUCAAUGUGGAAAAUGUGGCAUCAGGCAUGGCUGGAAAGAAAGCUGCGGUGUCCAAGCCUGUAUUGAGGCCUAGAAAUGCACUGGGUGAUAUUGGAAACCAAAUAAAGUCAAAAGUUCCACUAAAGAAGGCAACAAAAGCUCUUCGGAAGCCCGCUGUACAAAAAUCUGAGAAACUUGUUGCACUAGAAGAGAAUGUACUUAAGGAAGCGGAGGUGCUAGCACCUCAUUCCCCUAGCCCCAUGGAGACCUCUUUGUGUGUGACAGAAGAGAUACCUCCAGCUUUCUCCAGUGCCCUGAUUCCAGUGAAAGAUGUUGAUGCAGAAGAUUCCAACAACCCAAUGCUGUGCAGUGAUUAUGUGAAAGACAUUUACUGUUACCUUAGAAACUUGGAGGCUCAACAAGCAAUCAGGCCACACUAUCUAGAUGGGCAAGAGAUCAAUGGAAACAUGAGGGCCAUAUUGGUAGACUGGCUUGUGCAAGUCCAUCUGAGGUUUAAACUGCUGCAGGAGACAAUGUCUAUGACUGUAUCUAUUCUGGAUCGUUUUCUGCAGGAAAACUCUGUACCCAAGAAACUGUUGCAGCUGGCUGGAGUGAGUGCCAUGUUUGUUGCAUGCAAAUAUGAAGAAAUCUAUUGUCCAUCAAUCGGUGACUUUGCCUUUGUCACAGACCACACUUACACAAAGUCCCAAAUCAGAAACAUGGAAAUGCAAAUCCUUAGAGUUCUCAAAUUUGAAGUUGGGAGACCCCUGCCACUGCAUUUCUUGAGAAGAGCAUCUAAAAUUGGGGAGGUUGACUCGGUACAUCACACACUGGCUAAAUACCUAAUAGAGCUGGUUAUGACAGACUAUGACAUGGUACAUGUACCUCCAUCACAGUUGGCGGCCGCAGCUUUCUGUCUGGCAAUGAAGAUUCUGAAUAGUGGAGAAUGGACUCCUACUCUUGAGCACUACAUGGCAUAUAAAGAAAGCUCCCUUAUGCCAGUCAUGCAGCAAAUCGCAAAGAAUAUUGUAAAGGUCAAUGGAGGCCAUACAAAGUUCCUGUCUGUCAAAACCAAAUAUACCAGCAGUCGACAGAUGAAGAUUAGCUGCCUGCCACAUCUGAAGUCUGAGCUUGUGGAAAACCUGGCGAAAGCUGCAUCAUAGAACUCUUAUUGAAAUUAAAUUGAAUGUUUUAACCAAUGCUCUUAUACUGUUAUUUUAUAAUUUUAAUAAAGAUUAUUUUGUUUUAA